AUUAGAUCAUCCGCAGAUAUGCAAAUAACUAAAAGAUCCCAUCGUCCUAUCGGCAAAUAUUGAUUUUCAAGAACCAAAACAUCACAAGCACCAAUGGCAAUGACUAGUACUAGUAGCAGCACUUCGUUGUAUCCUCCUGCUCAACAACCGCAGCAACCAUUAGUAGAGAAUGAGAUCGAACCAACUGCGACAAGUGCUAAUAUGGUCGCAGCACCAAACGGUCCAAACCACUACUCGUCCGGCUCCAUUGGACCCUUCUUUGCAGUCAUCUCUGUUCUUGUUGUUCUUGCAGUUCUCUCCUGCGUCUUGGGCCGGAUAUGCGCACGGCGACGACGCCAGAGAAGUGGUGUAGUGGCUGAAGUCAAUCCGUUGGAGAUGAUAAAGAGUCGUGGGCCUUUAGGGUGGCUGAGACGGAAAUGGAUACGGUGCUUGACCGGAGACGUGGAGGCUGGAGCUAAAGUUACUGAUUGCACCGGCAAAGAAACGCCUAAAGAUGGUGAUCAGACUCGUCUAGAAGCUCCUCCAGCUUAAACUCACUAUGUGUCUUUUAGAGUGAGACUAUUAAUAAAAGAUUUAGAAACAUCUGAAGUAGAACGUAAACAAAUUACGACAUAUUCUAUACGUUAAUUCAGUUCUUUUUUUUUCUUUUGUGCUAGUUAUUUUUCAGUUCUUCAAACAAACAUAAAUUGUAGUUUCAUCCCUUCAAUCUCACAAUAUAUAUCUUGUGAA